AUUAUUAUGUGCAUGUUUUUAAAAGCAUGUUUUCCUUCUCCUGCUCUUUAUCUGAAUCUGUUCAACUCUCUCUCUUAAAUUUCAGAAGGAUGGAACAAACGCAAACAUUGAAAUGUUGGUAGGAAAUUUGGUACGUGGAUAUUGUGACGGAGAAUUGCAGUCCAGCACUACAUGGGCUACACCAUUGACUGCUGGUGCCAUGGAUUCUACUGCCACUGGAGGUGGAAUGGGCACCCCAUUUGAGGCACCAACAAGGGAGUUAAAGAGGAAGAGAGAGGAAGAACUGGCCAAAGCUCGAAAGGGCAAAAUACCUACAACUGCUGACAAUUAUACUCUACCUCAUAUCCCGAUUGGUGGUUCUCAACCUAGUGAGCUUAUGGCUAAUGCUCCCCAGACUGCAUGUCAAUCUGUCCUCCUAGGCCAUAGCAGUUGGAGAGUGGCACAACAGAUUGAGGAGCCCAAAUGGAUUAACCUUCCUGAUACUUAUGUUCCUAAGUGCCCAUCUAGCCAUGGACCGGACCAGACACAGUUGCCAGAAUUUGAUGUUCCUUCAUGGACGACAGUGGUCAUGUCAGGAAUUGGCUCCCAGGUGGUUCCCGUGAGUGUAGGCUGCUACACCGGGGUAGGUAUUUCUAUGAUGCUGAACCAAAUUAUGCCAGAGAUGCAAGAGCGGAUGCAGCGGAUGGAGGAUACUAUUAAUGCUCUUCAGAGUUCUGUUCUAGCAGCUCUUACACAGUUUGGAUCCUGCCCACAGGCAAAUGCCCCUACUAUCUUUCCUACAGAGCCUCAUCAUGACCCUCUUGGCAUGCAAGAAGGAACUAAUGAUGCUGCUGGAUCCUCUGGUGGUCCCACCACCCAGUCCUUCCCACACAAUGAAGAGGUUUAACUUUACCUUGAUCCUACUUGGUGCAGGUAAGGAAGGAAAUAAUAUAUUUAUUAGGAUUUUAUUAUGAUUAUGAAUAUACAGGAAUUAAAAGGAAAUAUUAUUAGUAGUUUAUAUUUAUUAGGAUCUUUUAUUAUUUUUCAAUAAAGAUUUAAUUGGGAG